GCGGGGCUUAACUCGGUGGGCGGAACUACGACCUGAGAAGACUCUUAACUGGAUCUGUCCCUCCCGGAACUUCCUGUAUCCUGGGCGUGCAGAUGGCGUCACCUGCAACUUGAGCGGCCGCACGAGGGUACCCAAGGUCUGACAAUGGCCAAGAACAAACUAAGAGGACCUAAGUCCAGGAAUGUAUUUCACAUAGCCAGCCAGAAAAACUUUAAGGCUAAAAACAAAGCAAAACCAGUUAUGACUAAUCUGAAGAAGAUAAACAUUGUGAAUGAUGAAAAAGUUAAUAGAGUGAAUAAAGCUUUUGUAGAUAUACAAAAGGAACUUCUACAUUUCUCAAAAGGCCUUUCUCUUGAACCUCUGCAGAAACAGCUGACUCCUCAGCAGUGUCAUGAAAAUGAACCAGUUAAUGUUGAUGAAGCUACAAGAUUAAUGGCUCAGUUGUAAUACACUGGUGAUGCAUCAAAUUCCCAAGAAAAACCCAAACAAAUAAAUUAAAUGUUUUAU